AGUAGCGUCGGCGUCGCGCGCGGAGCAAAUAUUUGCUGGCUCUUUGCUAUUUUUCCGCAGUUUCUCCGCUCGAAGGAAUAAACAAACAGACGAGACAGAACCAGAAGCAGAAGGCCAAUAAGUGUAAUGAAUAGCAAUUAGCCGAGCGUGGCGUCGCGCGUGUCUUUCCCACUCACUAAUUAACCGAAUUAAGAUGCUUCAGUUGCUGCUCGAAUUUUGAAGAGCCACUUGAAAGACGAAAGUCAGCCGGAGAUUGGCUGCCAUGAUGCGAUACUCGGAAAUCUCACGUGACCUAUCCAUGGAUAAUCUGCGCUACUCAGAGCUAAGCAGAAAACCCACCACGGAUUACAAUGGAUAUACGGGUCAGGCCUAUGCUACGACUCAGUUCAAGCAAAGUUCGCCUCCGCCUGCUCCCACAAUGCAUAAGCAACCAGCGCGACUGGUGGCCAAACAACGAAGUCCCACCAAUGGCAAUGCCCAUACCAUGGCCUGCUUGCGUCAGGAGAAGGCCCAGAAGGAGCAUCAGAUUGAGCCGCCCAUGGCGCAGCAGCAGGCCAGCAAGACUCUGAAUAUUAAGAGCACGCGGCGCAAGAACUCCAUUGGUUGCCUAAAUAGUUUCUCCUCCUCGCCAGAUUCCCCUGGCUGCUACUAUACCAUAGCAGCCUCGGCUGCACCACCGUCCAAGUCACAGAGUUUGCCUCAUACCUCAUCCAUCAAGCAACUGGAUGCGGUGAUCUUGAGCGCGUUACGUGUACCCGCCGAUGUGGCCAAUCAGAUCACCCUCCUGGACUUCCCAGUCUUUGCACUCAUUCAGCCGGACGAGCUAAGCAGCUGUGCCUGGACAAAGAAGGAUAAGCAUGUCAACACACCGAAUAUUGUGGCAUUUACCAAACGAUUUAACCACACGAGCUUUUGGACAGUGCAGGAGAUCCUAAAUGGCGAGCAGCCCAAGCAGAGAGCCGAGAUAAUGACACACUUUAUUAAGGUGGCCAAAAAGCUGCAUGAGCUAAACAAUCUGCACUCGCUGUUCGCCAUUAUUUCGGCCAUGCAAAGCGCCAGCAUUUAUCGCUUAAAGAAAACCUGGGCCUGUCUGUCGAAGAAGGAUCGCCAGUCCUUUGAUCGACUCAGCGAUAUAUUCAGCGACCAGGAUAACUGGGCGAAUCUGCGAUCCUACCUUGGUCUCCGCCUGCCCUGCAUUCCCUAUCUGGGUCUCUUUCUCACCGAUCUGAUCUACAUCGAUCUGGCGCAUCCGCACAAGGGCGGAUUGGAACCGGAGCAGCGUCGCAAUAAGAUGAACAACAUUCUGCGCGUGAUCUCCAACUAUCAGCAGUCGGACUACAAACAUCUGCAGAAGCAUGAAGCCGCGCAAAAGUAUCUUACCUCCAUCAGAUACAUCGAGGAAUUGCAAAACAUAUUCGAGGAAGAUCAGUACAAACGCUCUUUAAAUCUGGAGCCUGCUUCGCCCUCGGGUCCCAGCUCAUCCUCCUGCAGUUCCAAGGAAUCUUUCAACGUGGAAGCUGUUACCCCAGCCCUGGGCUGUUUGAAUCUCUCCCCGGCCAAAACCAUUGGCUCCAUGCGCAUGGCCAGCGGCACCAAGUUCGUGCCCGGCCAUCGGAAGUGCCGGAGUCUGGGCACCAACAUCUUUGGCAAAAUUGCGCCGCAUACUCAUGGCGAUGGAUAUCCGCAACACCUGCUGGAGCUGGAUCCCAGCCAGCAACAGCCACGCCACCACCUGCUGGAUGCCUUGCUAGAGCACAGCGACGCCAUAUCCCAAUCGGAUUUAACUUCGCUGGAGAGUGCCGAGGGCAUUAUGUGCGAUUUCAGUGGCAGCGAUUGCGAUUUAAUGUCUCCAGAGGCAGCAGCCGCCAUGCAGGGAUGUGUUCGUCGAAAAACUGUCCAGAAAGAGGGAAGAAAACCGGCGGGCUCUUGGCAGCGCUACUGGCUGCAGAUCUGGGCCAAUUCGUUGGUGUACUUCCCGCCAAAGUCCUUUAAGGGCAGCGAACGAAGCGAUUUUAAAAGGGAACCCUGCAAGGUGUGUCCCCUGGAUGGAUGGUAUGCCCAUGUCAGCGACAAUACCAAGCACAAGAACACCUUCGAGCUGUGCCACCGAACCCUGGGUACCGUCUAUCGCUUCCGGACGGAUAGUCCACAGAUGACGCACCUCUGGUCGAAUGCCAUCUGCAAGUUGGCCACCAUGCGGGUGCCCAAGCCGCUGCCCGCCAACCUGAUGUCCUUUGAAUGAGCUUGGAAAAGGAAAAACAAACAGAACUCGAAUAUAAAAUAUAUUGUACUCAUCGUAGCAUAGUAUGCCUAAGUUUAGUUAGCUUUAUCCUUGAAACGUGCACAGCCAAAAAGAGAAAAAACCACCCACCAAAACCACUCACUCACUCCCUGAAACGAGGCGACCACAGAACAUUCCCACAAACCACAACGAACGAACAAAAAUUGCAGCCUGCAUCUAAGAGAAUCGAUUUCAAAAUGGUAUUUCAAAAGACUGACACCGAAGGCAAAAACACGAAGGAGGAGAAACAGAGUAAAAGCAGUAGUAAAAGAAGGAAAAGAAGCCACACAAUCACACAACAGACUAAAACAAAAGCAACGCAAGGGAUAUUAUAAUGAUUCCACAAUAUUUAACAGCCCUGGAAGUUUAAUUUUAUAGAAUUUGGGGAAUUAUAUUUCCUCGAAUUCGAAUAAAUGCGUAUAGAUCAGGGCUGUCGUAUCGUUUCUGUGCUGUCUUUAUGUAUUUUGUAUUUGUAAUAUUUAAAAUUAAGUCAAUUAUUUGGACAUUUACUCAACUUUAUUUUGCGCGAAUCGUGCCAUACUAGUACUAAAUUUGUGUUCACACAACGAUUAUUGUAACAAAGAAUCAAAAAUCAAACGAACUUUCUACGCGUAACUAAGGGCUUUAAUCAUAAUGUAUCGCUACAACUAUUCAUGAUUCAUGAUCAACCGUCAGUUAAUCUGUAUAAUCUGCCUUAAGUUGAUGCACUCUAGACAUGUAACACAGCUAUAAAAUACAUAUAAAUCUUAUCCGAUAAGUUGCAUGCGUGAAUUUCUUUAGCAAAACGAAAGUAAUAUUAAUUGUUUUUCUAUUUUUUUUUAUUUUUUUUCUGUUGAGAUGGCCUCGUGAAUUGUUGAACUCCAGAGCUUUGUCACACAUACAGAUUUUUCAUUUGCAGCAGUUUUUACACUAGUUUAAGGCAAGGAAAUGCAACAAAAACAAAUUA